CGGCGCUUGACUCUUCUCACCGAUCGCUUUCUCGGUCAUAACCGCCAUUGACGGCUCGAGAAUGAGCUCUCUUCACUUCCUCAGACCCCUCCCGCUCCUCCGCAACGGCCUUCUCAGCCACCCUUUCCACCGCCGUGUCUCCGCCUGUGGAAUCUUCUCUCACUGUAGGCGUCUCUGGUGCUCGCUCGCCGAGCAACCGCCGCGGCCGGAUGCGGGAGAUGAUUCGGCGCCGGAGAAAAUCUCCGCCCCGGUGACCGAUACGGCGUCUCUUGGUUACGCUCGUUUUGAGGAUCCAUUCUAUCGGAAGUGGAAGGACGUGGAGGCGGAGAUUCUUCGGGAUAUUGACCCAAUAACGUUUCUCGUCAAAGAAAUUCUUCACUCUGAAAGGUAUGAAGAUGGAGAACGCUUAACAUAUGACAACGAGAAUUUCGUGGUGGAAAAGCUUCUUGCGUUUCACCCCCACUCCGAAGAUAAAAUCGGCUGUGGCCUCGAUUUUAUAAUGGUUGAUCGGCAUCCUCAGUUCAGACACUCGAGGUGCCUCUUCGUUGUCAGAACCGAUGGUGGGUGGAUCGAUUUCUCUUACCAGAAGUGUCUCCGAGCUUACGUACGAGAUAAGUACCCUUCUCACGCUGAAAGAUUUAUCAGAGAACAUCUGAAACGCCGUAGUAACUAAACAAAACGACUGAUGAGUUCCUCUGCUGCUACUACUAGUUGCCAUUAUAGAUUCUGUUUUUGCAAUGUCAUUACAUCAGUGAAGUUCACUGAGACAACUUUUUUUUUUUUGCUGCCUCUUGUGAUUGAGAUGUUAGAUUUUGAACUGUAUAACUACUUAGAUGCGCGAGUGAUUAUGUUGUUUCGAUCAUACCGCUGACAGAUUUUAAAUCAAUGGGACAAUGGAAAAGGCUCUUCAGGUUUUGGUGA